AUGAAAUUCCGAGACAGAACGCGUGCCAAACUGCAAAAGGCCACCACCUCUUUGAACUUUCAACGUCGUAUUAUCGCCGAUCGAGUCUAUCUGACUGCCAUUCGAGAAGCGCGUCGUCUGCUAACGGAAGGCAUCACCCUGAACCCAGAAUGUGAUGCGCUCCAUUUGGAAUUGUUGAAAUUGGAAGCCAAUGCUGCCGAUUUUUUCAAAUCUCGUAUACUACCCAAACUGAACUUGCUAUCUGGCGCUGCUGACGAGAAUAAACCAGGCGUCAACGAAACGGAACAGACGAUGGAUGUCGAUGGGAGUGAACCGACUGCGGAUGCGUCGCAAAUCGGGACCAUUGAAAAAGGUUUCGACUGGCACGAAAGAAGUCGACCAGAAGAAGCA